CUGUCUUCCUGUUCCAAACCACGUGGACACUCCGGGGUCUGCGGGGCUGCAGGAGGCAGCUAGGGCCGCCACCGCCGCUGUCGCCGCCGCCGUCAGGGUCGCGACCCCCGUGCCUGUCCGAAGUCGCCGCGCCCGGGCCGCCCGCGCCUGUGCGGAGGGCGUGCACAUGGCGACCCAGACGCACUCGCUCAGCUACGCGGGGUGCAACUUCUUGCGCCAGCGUCUGGUCUUGUCCACCCUGAGCGGGCGCCCGGUUAAAAUCCGAAAGAUUCGGGCCAGAGACGACAACCCGGGCCUCCGAGAUUUUGAAGCCAGCUUCAUAAGGCUAUUGGACAAAAUAACUAAUGGUUCUCGAAUUGAAAUAAACCAAACAGGAACGACCUUAUAUUAUCAGCCUGGCCUUUUGUAUGGUGGAUCUGUGGAACAUGACUGUAGUGUCCUUCGUGGCAUUGGCUAUUACUUGGAGAGUCUUCUUUGCCUGGCUCCUUUUAUGAAGCACCCAUUAAAAAUAGUUCUGCGAGGAGUGACCAAUGACCAGGUUGACCCUUCGGUUGAUGUUCUUAAGGCAACAGCACUCCCUCUAUUGAAACAGUUUGGGAUUGAUGGUGAAUCAUUCGAGCUAAAGGUUGUGCGUCGAGGGAUGCCUCCUGGAGGAGGCGGCGAAGUGAUUUUCUCAUGUCCUAUAAGGAAGGUCCUGAUGCCCAUUCAGCUCACAGAUCCAGGAAAAAUCAAACGCAUCCGAGGAAUGGCAUACUCCGUACGUGUCUCACCUCAGAUGGCGAACCGGGUUGUGGAUUCUGCAAGGAGCAUCCUCAACAAGUUCAUACCUGAUGUCUAUAUUUACACAGACCACAUGAAAGGAGCUAAUUCUGGGAAGUCUCCAGGAUUUGGAUUGUCACUGGUUGCUGAGACAACCAACGGCACCUUCCUCAGUGCUGAACUGGCCUCCAACCCUCAGGGCCAGGGAGCAGCAGUGCUUCCAGAAGACCUCGGCAGGAACUGUGCCAGGCUGCUACUUGAAGAAAUCUAUAGAGGUGGAUGUGUGGACUCGACCAACCAAACCCUGGCUCUACUGCUCAUGACUCUUGGACAGCAGGAUGUUUCGAAAGUCCUGUUAGGACCACUCUCUCCCUACACGAUAGAAUUUUUGCGGCAUUUGAAGAGCUUUUUCCAGAUUAUGUUUAAAAUUGAAACCAAGCCAUGUGGUGAAGAACUCAAGGGCGGGGAUAAAGUGCUGAUGACCUGUGUUGGCAUUGGCUUCUCCAACCUUAGCAAGACCCUCAAGUGAUAUUUUGUCACAGGAUGAGGCCCCAGUGCCUACAGACAAAGCAGAAGCUGCCAAGGGCACCAAAAGGACCAAGUCCACAUCUGUUCAUCAAGGACAGGAUAGCAACUUAUAUUAAAGACUUUCUUAAUUUUCCUUAAAAAAAGAAACAAUAAAACUCUCAAAUAAAUGACACCUGUAUUUUAUGUGGUUUCCAGCCAUUUCUCUAGUGGCAUUGACAUUCCCCAGGAGGCCCAUUCACACAGGAACUCCUUUGGCUUACCUGGAGGAAGAGUGUGCCCUCAGGACACAGUGAUGCUGCUAGAGCAAUAUCACAGCUGAUUUCAGCUAUGGUUUUUCAGCCCACAUCCCUGGGCUUUUGUUGUAUGACCAUUUUCCAGACCUGUGGAAGAAACAGUCUGUUACUGUUACUUCUGCAAAGACUUACCUUUUUGAGACUCAGUUUCCGUUAUAGGAAUUAAAUGAGAUAAUAUGUGAGGAAGUUCUUUAUGAGUCAUGUUGUACUGUGCAAAUGUCAGAAAUUGGUGUAUUAGACUACUUUAUCACUUGUCUUCUGAAUGGAUUGCUAUCAUGGACUGUUACUCAUCUGGUUCAUUGUAUAUAUAUGGGAAGGAUGGGUGGCUGGGGAGGAUAGGGAUCUAACUGAAGUUAUUGCAUAUUUUCUGUAUCCCGGGCAUAUUAUACAUUUUUAAAUUUUAUUCUCACAAUGGCUGUAUGACGUAAAUUUUAUUAUU